AUGGGACUUAGUGGAGACCUCGUCGAUUUGUCUGUAGAACCGGUCAUUGUACCGUAUGUAAAAGAUAAGCAACUUACCAUGAAAGCCGAGGUGUACAUAUUCAUGAUCAUGCAUCUGACUAAGAAAGCUUGGGUGUCUGUGCACCCGUACGUACUGAUCAACGCUUUCAUGAAAGCUGGGUUUGAAUCCACAUUGAUGCAGCAACCAGAGGAUAAAUGCGACUUAAUCGAGAACUUUACUCAAUAUGUGUCUAUUGUUGACCGUGUUUUUGAAGAAGAAAUUGCCUGUUUGGAAUUUUAUGACGGUGAAUCAUUAGAUGAAUUCGUUUCGAAUCAAGCUAAGCAUCGCAAAGAAGAUGAAUGUGAGGCAGUGAAUGCGCCGGAAGUUAUUUCAAUCAGAGAGGCGCAUAUCUUAUUGGACCAAUUGAAGCUGUUUGCCUUGGCUAAUGCUCAGACCCGCUCAUCAUCACCCUCUUUUGCACGCAAAGCUGUUUCACAAGUAUUUUGCCACUCCUAUCAUGUGAAUCUAACAGACGAUCUAACCGAGGAGUUGAACUAG